AUAUGAUCAACCAGCUACGUUACGUCACAAGAAAGCUGCAGGGUCAAACUUUAAAUGAGGCUUCGGAAAACAGCGGAAAGGUUGGCAGUGAGGACCGCGACUCUGGCACCGAGUCUGAUGACGAGCAGCCUUACGACGACCCUGAGCCCGGUAUGUCAUGCUCAAUGUGAACCCUGAAAACACAUCCUGCCAACCAUCUUUCCCGCAACCAUGAUCCCGCACCAAGAACCCCCUCUGCAACAUUACUGGUCAUGAGCAGAACCUACUCCUUCCACAGUGAAGUGAUCGGUGUUUGUGAACCUUUGUUAGAUGUUCAGUAAGGUCCAUUAUCCUCCUACCCAAGACUGGAUGAUGAGCUUUAUUGUUACUUUAACUCAGGGGCUAAAUAUCCGAUUGUGUCACACUCUUCUUGGCUGAUAACGUUUUAAAGGAGAUGCAUGAUCACUAGCUCCCUGAAAUAAGCAGCGAGAUGUCGAGUGAGGUGUCCAGUGGGUGUAGUGUGAGAUCGCGCCCCACCAGCCAGACCAGCACGGACACCCUCACCUGUGAUGACCUCCCAAUGGCUGGAGAUGCCCCUGAUAUGCCCCCACCAUCCACCAUCCCUUCCUCAUCAGUUCCCUCUUCCUAUCACCACCCACAACAUCUCCAUCACCACCAUCAUCAUCACCUUCACCACAGUCAUCACCCACAUCCUGGUCGGAGGGCACGGACACCCCGUCACCCCCACCCAUCUCUUCGAACCCCAGACCCACCUAGAGAAUCCCCUGCCUUAGAGUCCCCUAUUGAAUCUUUCCUGGACUCUGCGUUUGUAAGUGACUGUGAUGCCUGUGAUCCCGUAGAACAUCACUCGUCAGAAGAAGAGCUGGAAACACUGACAUGUUCGUGGUCCCGAGAAACAGGGCCCCCGGAAAAGCGCAAGUGGUCUCAAGUAGCCCGGCUCUCCCUUACAGACUCAGGAAGCAGUGACGAGGAAGUUUGUGUGUUGACCACUGGGUCACGCCCACCCGUCCAAUUUAGAACCUCCCCGCCCCUCGAGGCUCAUAAACCCCUACGCUCCGUCUCUCCACCAACAAAAAUGCUUGGUCUAGCAAGUAGUGGACGGGAAGGUUUAGUGUCAGCAAGUGGAGGAGGCGACGGUAGGGGCUCCCCUGGUGGUGGCGUCGGUGGCAGUGAGGGUGGGACUCCAAGGGCAGAAGGAGGAGCACGGGCGGCAUCCCCACGCAAGAGACACAGACACACUCCUCGCCCUCACCAGAUGCACCGCCCAUGUUUAGACUUUGAGAAAAUGCAACAGAUGAAGACCCGAGCGGUGACGCAGUGGAGGAACGGCGGUGAGCUGUCACUGUCGUUCUGCUAGUUUUCUGCUGCUAUGUGACAACCUCGAUGUUCCCAGUGGCAUGUUUGGGAAAUGAAAUUUGUUUGUGUUCUGUUUUGGGAACAAAAGAUUUUACCACAAAGGCAAGGAUGUGAAUCCUUAUUGCUCGCAGUUUUUUGAAAGGGUGUUGUUUGUGUUCCGAGAUGAGUUAGUGUUGAAUAAAAAAAAAUGUUAUUACUUGCAACUUAAUACUAGAAUGGGAUGGGAAGUGUUACUAUGGAUAUUAUUUUAGGGUUUUCUGUUAUAUAGUGGAAAAUGUGGAUUGAGAUAUAUUGAUUUUUUUUAUAAAACUUUUUUUUUCUUUUUUUACAUACAUGUAUAUAUAUAUGUCAGGGAUUGAUUCAUGGAUGUACAUCUUUGAUACUGAUUAGUUUUGUUACAAUGUGGAAGUUGAAGCCAGAGAAUAGGUAUCCUGCUAUAACAUCAGCCACAUAAACAUAAAAGUAAUGCUCUUGUUAAAUCAAAUGUGGAGGGAAUGUGGAUUUGUGUGUAACCUUUGCAUUAGAGAUUUUGUCUUUUGUAGCUUAAUAGAACUAAUGAAGUGCAAGUGUAGAAAGAAAGAGAGUGAGAGUAAGAGAGUGUAAAUCUGCCCAAUUUUGUACCUGAUUCCUAAUUUAAAUAUAUGUAAAGAUAAUUAAAGGUUAAUAUAUGUUGAAGACACACUGGUCACCAUCUGAGUCGGAAUUAUUUUGGCUUUUAAAGGUAAUGCCAAGUGGCUGUGUUUUUAAUCAGCACCCAAUUAGAGUACAAUAUUUUUUUUUCCAAGCUGUCUGAUAUUUUAUAAUGAACUAAAAACUUAUGUCUGUCAGGAACAUACUUAUCUGGAUCAAGAGAUUGAAGUUCUGCUGCCAAGGACAUACUUGAAAUGGUGUAAAUAUGUUAGGGAAAAUACUGUUUUUGAAGCAACGUAAACAAUGCAGCUUAAUCAUGUUGCAAAGAAGCAGCAGAGCAGAAAGGGUACAACUCUCAGCACUUUAUAUUUGACACAAUACAUAAAUUGCAGAUUGAUAUUUCCAGAAUGGAAUGGAUGAAAGCAUUACGAUAUUUUGUUUGGCCAUGGUAUAGACUGCUAAGUUGAUUACUAUUUUUAUACAGUAGAGUGUGUGAAGGGUUACAGCUAGAAGUCUGAUGAAAGGUUAGGAUGAUACUUGGAAAGAAUGUUAUUAAUGAUUGGUCAAAAUGAAUUGAUAUCAUAUGCAAAUAACUUUAUAGAAAUUCCUGUCUCAUCACAAACAUUUAUUGAGGAUUUAAAAAAAAUACUGCAUUACAUAUAAAACCAAGAUAAUAUAAAAACAUUUUACACUAAGUGAUCAGAAAAUGCUGCUUGGCAAAACAAAAAGCACGUUAUUUUCAACUAAUCAUUAUUUAUGAAUUUAAUUGUAAAUUUACUCCCAAAUUAAUUCCAUAAAAUGUACCCAGCUUUCUCUUCUAAUGCAUAAUUCUCUGACCUCAUUGCAAGUUUACAUUGUUUAAAGACAAUGUUCUCUGAAGUAGAUGAGAGGUGCCAGGACAGAGAAUACUUGUGGGAUGUGUAGUCAUUGUAGUUGAUUGGUUUUUGAAUUCCUUGAAAUUACCGAUAUUGUGGCUAUUGUGACAGUAAUAUUUAUUUUUUAUUUUUUAUUAUUGUUCUUUUUUUUCUCUUUUGAAAUUAUUGGAUGGAUGGUAAGCUGAUUCAAACUUGCUCCAGUUGCUAUGUGUUGAUGUUACUUCUUCAUACAUUUAAAGCUUUCCAUGUUUUUCUAAUGAUUUACCCUUUUAAAUGUAGUAAUUUCUCCAUACUAAAGACAAGUAACCUGAGAUAUAUUUGUUGACAUCACUAUUUUUCCACGAUCCCAACUAAAUACGAGUAAAAUAUUUGAAAAAACCCUGAUAAAUUGAUCCCUAGUUUUGCAUUUUUUGAAAUAUACCUGAAAUUUAGAUAGGAGGUACAAACAUUAUAUGCACCGGUAAGAAUGAUAUUAAAGGCUUUUUAUUUUUUUUCUGGAUUUUGAAUUUAUAGAUUGUAUUGCAUGUCUGUGUGUGCAAAAAAAAGAAAAAAAAAAGAGAAAAAAAUACAAAAUUAUAUAUGAUAUCAGUAGAGUAGGACCUAAACGGAAUGCUAGAUUGAAAGCUAAGCUGAUAUCCAUGAUAUCCGAUGAAGCAUGAUCUAGACAAGGUGUAUCUCAAUUUUUUGACUAUAGCCGUCCUCUGGUACAAGUUCAAAAGAAGAUUGCUUUUAAUCUUCCUCAGGCAAAGGUAGAAUGACAUCCAGUGUCUUUUAUCAGUCAGUUUAGAUGAUUUUAUGGGGAAGGAAGACAAGUGGAAAGUUUAUCAUCAUUUUUUUUUCUGGCUAUGUCUACAAAAAUGUGUUUACUUCCAGAAAAAAUGAUUUUUUUAUGACCUCAGAAUAGAAACUCAAGUUUCAAAUAUUUUGAAUUUUAAAAUUACUAUAUGUUAAAAAAAAAAGAUUUUGUUAAAAAUGAAAAAUACAGUAAAAUACAAGUGGAAACAACAUUUUGUCAUGAGUUCCCAAUUUUUCUUGGUGAACAGUAAUAGAAACUCCUUUCUUUAUAGGAUCUGUAACAUUAGAUAUUAUUGAUAUGCCAGGUAGCACAUAGAUCAUUUUGCAUUUGGGACCAUGAUUUGAGUAUAGCUCCCCCUCCCCCAGUUUAUGGUUUGGAAAAUGGCUGUAAUAGAGUAUGACACUGAGUUUUUAUUUAUUUAUUUAUUUUACAUUUGGAAAAAAGUAUUUGGUGAUCAUGUAUUAAAGGACCUAUCUUUAUGGUUAUCUGCAUUAUGCAUAUAAAUACUUGCUUUUGUAGUUACUAUUCAAGGUAGCAUUCAUUUUUAUUUUCUGAAGUUGAAUCAGUAUGCAUUAUACACUAAAAGAAUGCAAAAGAGGAGAAGUAUAUUUUAUUAAUAAGAAAUCCUGAAAUAGUGAAAGGAACCAUCUGAAAAUUAGAUAUGAAAACUUUAUGAAAUAAAAAAGGAAGAAGAAUGCUAUUUGCAUAUUGUUAUGUUUUUAUUACUGUAAUUGAUGAGCUUUUAAAUUAUGUAUCAUGAAUUAGAAUGUCAAAUUUUUGUUCUUCUAUAUUAGCAGGAGCUGAUAGUGUGAAGGUUUGCCAUCCAACCCUUUUUUCAUAUAAGAAAUCACUAUUCUGUAUGUAUGAUCUAAAAUUAACUUUGCAUUUUCCUUUUGUAUUUGGUUUUCAUCUGUCUUCAUCAGACCAAUGGAAUAUUUUGCUUUAAAAGUUAUUUUUGUUUUUAUAUUGACUUAGUUGAAAAGGAAAAAAGGGAAAUUCUUAAAUGGAAAAUAUUUUUAUCCUGCUUGUUGUGCAGUAUUGCUUUCUGCUUUCCCGCCUCCCUUGAGUAUGUCAAUCUGUAACUGCCAUUAUUGAAAAAGAAAAAAAAAAAUUACAUUAGCCACAAGUAAUCAGCACAGUUGUCCGUCAUAUUUGCAAAGGCUUCAUAUCAGUGAAGAUAUGAUAUUUAAAGGAGUACCACUAUCAACUAGAGAGCAUUAUUUUUUUGCUGAACAGUUUUUUCCAUGAAUAUCAGGGAAAAUCAGUUUUGUUUUUGAAACUUUUCAUGGACCAAGAAAUCAGACCCCAUUGCAGUAUUUUCCGUAAACUUUGCACUGGCAGCAACUAGUCUCCCAUCCUGUGUAAUCCAUGAAUGUUUAGACAGUUUGUGUGUACCUGGGUAGAACAUAUUUAACCAAGGAAAUUUUGUUCUGUAUAACAUAUGAUUGCUUCUUUUUGCUUUAUGUUAAGUUUUACUGGACAAAGCAGUUUCGGGUUAUUUUUACUCCAUAAUCCUAUCUGUGAAGUGAACCUUUUGCAUGGCAUUAGAGAAUUCCCAUAAUUAGUGAUAUUUUUUGGGACGGCACAAAUUGUAAUGGAAUAUAUCUCUCUGAUGUAACACUGGAAUUCUCUGGCAUGGAAAUGAACAUAUUUUUUGUGAUUAUGGCUAAUUCACACCCCAUAUUUUAAUAUAAGCAGCACUUUUUUUAUUUGAUGAGAAACUUGAUGAGUGUUUUAUAAAUCCAAAUUUGGAUGCAUGAUCUUAAAGAAGUGUGGUAACUCAGUGUAAGGACUGCAGCCCCUACCCUUAGAGAUAUGACCCUUUUCCUAGAACUUUGGACCUUAUGCCCUUACUCCAUAAAGACCUUUUUUUGGCACCCAGGAGAAGAAGGCAUUGUUGUGGCAGAAAUGGAAAGGGGUGGCCAGUGAUCAGUGAAGUUUGUACAAGAUAGAAAAUAAAAUAUAACCAAAAUGAAAAAAUGUAAAAGAUCAAGGACGGAAAGUUGAUUUUGACCAAAGCACAAGUCUUACCCUAUAGGAAAACAAGAAAUUAAAAGUGUUUGACACACGUCAGCACGCAAGUCCGGUGAGUGAAGUGAUGGGCCCUAGAGAAAAGAGGGGGCCAAAGAAAAGAAAUACAUUAGAUAAGAACCUCAAUUGAAAACUGUUAACAAAUGAAAAGAAAAUGUAUUAAGGAAAAAGAUGUGAAUAAAGAAGUGACUUCAAGUGUGGAAAAAAAUAAAUGAAAAAUUAGAUACAAGGGCAAGUGCAUAAAAAGUUGACAAAGGCUCUGUUUCUCAGUCACAAUUUGAGGGACAAUCUUAAUGAGGGUUCAUUUCAUUAAUGAGAUUGGCCAAGGGAAAAGUCAGUUAGUGCUCUGAUUGGCCAAACAUACAGACCUCUUUCUCAAGUGGUGACUGAGAAUUUGGCCCAAACUCUGUCAAACAAAAAGUGCAAAUUUGUUGAUUAAAGCUUUAUAUCCAAUGUUGAUUAUUGCCAUUAUUUUAGUGGACCUGUGAACCCUUACCGUUUAAUGGGUUUCAAAGGAGUGCUUCAUAGUUGUGUGAAGUGGACCUGGAAUUUAUUACAUGGUAGAAAUACCUUCUCUCUGUUAUGUUGUUGAAAUGGACUUUUUGCUGAUAGUUUUGUUCCUUUAUAUUACAAUACUAUGAAUAUAUCCCAACUUUAUCAGGUAUACAAACUAUUAACAUUCUUUACAAGUCCUGUUUGUUUCAUAUACUGUAUAGUGUUUAAAUGUCAUAAUAAUGAAUAAUCUGUUGUGUUUUGAAUGCAUUUAGCCCACAGUGAAGUAAAAUUGAAUCUCGCUUCUGAUUGAAGUUUUGGGGUUAUCAUGGGAUUGAAGGUUUAGGCGAAUGACUACUUGACUUAUUUUUAUUUAUUUAUAUUUUUAUUUCUACUUAUUUUUUCUAUUUUAGGAAAAAAGGAAGAGUAAGAGCCAAUGAAACUCAUCUGACUUAUAUGGUGUGUCACAAAUAAGAGGAAAUAAAAAGCUCAUCAUCUGCUUAUGAUGUAAAAAGUUUUUGAAAUUGUGAGGUUUAAUUUGGUAAUAGUUACAGCUAUUGCAAAUUGAAAUUAGCAAUCUGGUCAUUAAUGUUUGUUUCUAAAUUAUUUGUACAGAAGAAGUUGCAAAAUCUUAUAAAAGUUUAUUUGCAGGACUUCUUCAUUUUAGUUUGAAGCUUAAGCAGAUUCAAGUCAGGUAGGCAUUGCUAGGGAAGACAGUUGAGUAUUGGGUCCAGUGCACUGUCCAAGAAUACUGAAUGUUAUAGAAAGCAAACCAUUCUGAUCAAAUGUCCUUGAAAACACUGGGCAUAGUCAUGUGUUUCAAGUGAUAAGUUGAGCUUUCCCUUUUGUCAGAUGCAUAUGUCAGAUGCAUUUUUGUAUUUACUAAAAGCAGACAUUGUUUUGGCAAAAUGAAAGUGGUGAAUAUCCUUGUCAAAUUCAUUAUUGGCAUUUGCCCAUUGGUUGUGUUGAAAAUGAUUCGAUAAUGCAUAUGGAGUGCUGUGAUAGGACAUGAUCUAUAGUUGAUAAAGACACAGUGUACUGAUUCUUGAUUGUCUACCCUACGUUAGUUGGAACAAAGGCAGAAUGAGCUAAGAAAAGUCCGAGUUUCCAUGGUAAAUGUGGCCCUUUGUUAUGGAAUGCCUUAUUUGUCAAAUAGCCAGUCAUUCAUGGCUCUCAGACUGUCUAUUAGUUUGUGGUAGGCCUUUCCAGUUUAAGAGAAAUCAUUCCUAAUGGAUGAGUUGUCUGAGGUUAUCAUAGCUAUUUAAAUUGGAGAUAUUAAAAGUCAGGAAGUCUGAAUUAUUAUUUCGAAAUCUCCUGCUCUUGGAAAGCCUUUAUUUUGGGCAUUUAAUUGAUGACAUUACAAAUAGGGUCCAACAUAAUGAAAUUGGGUUGUGAUUACCACAAAGCUCGGCUAACUACACCGCCACAGUACAAAAGAGGUGUGCUGAGACAGGCAGAGUCUACCUCACUAUGUUUUGGGUCACUCGCUAUAAACCAGAGGCGCGUUCUGGCAGCAGAAAAGAUAGCAAGAAAGAAAAAAAUAUGGUUCCAACAACCUAUGUUUCGAGUUGUACAAACUUUACCUGGGUAUUUUAAAGUAUACCAUCAGAAUGCGUCUAGAAGCAAUGAUGGGGUGAGGUUUAUUGGAUGAUGUAAUUACAUGACCCAAUUGGAACAUUUGAUGAGGCUUAUGAAUUCACUGAAUAUGAUUAGUCUCAUUGAGGUUCUUUUUUGGUCUUGAAUGUUUCUUGUGAACUAUAAUGGCACGUCUUCAAAAUAUAGGAAGUCACACAGGUACAUGUGAAAUGUAGUUGCUCACUUUUCAUUGAUUUAUAUGAUAUUGGGAUAGUUGAAUGUGAAUUUAAACUCUGAACUGUUUAUUGAAUAACAAAAAUCUAGUGAAGGAUCAAAAUAUGAAGCAUUUGGAAGGUAUUUUCUUGUCAGUUGAGAUCAUAAAAGGAGAGGAAAUAUGUAGCAUGUGGGGGUAUAUGCACUGGUUGAGUGUGGUUUCAUUAUAUAUUUGAAUUACAUAUACAUUUAUACACACCUAUAUAUAUAUAU